UUCCUUUUGUUUUUUUGGUGUAGUACGGUGUUUGAGGAAGCAACCCCAAACAGCCUCCCGCGCGGGCUCUUUCUCUCUGAUUGGAUACUUCUGCCAUAGUUAGGGUACGAUAAUAUAUCACUGAUAAUCACAUCAGUUUGAUCAACUUGGAAACGCUUUAAUUCUUCCAAACCUCUUCACCCAUAUCUCUAGACUAGAAGCUAAUUCAUCAAAGCAAUGAAGAAAAGCAGCAAUAAUAACUCCGAUAAGGGUCGGACUUUACCCGUCGACCCAAAUCUCCCCCGCUAUCUCUGCCAAAACUGCCAUAAUUCCUUUUGCGUAGUUGGCGUUGAUUCUUAUGCUGACAAGCUCUUCGGCGCCGACUCCUCCUCCUCUUCAUCUCGCUCUGCUAUGCAGGGUUCUUCUAUCCAUGGAGCUGGCAGUGUAACAGGGUCUACACGUAUGGAGAAUUCAUUUGUUGUGUUACCCAAGCAAAAAAAUCAUGGGGUGGGGGUUCCUUCUCGCACUCGAGGAGUAACCAAUCCACCCGAUUCAAGCCAGUUUGGUAGGGCAAUGGAAGAGUCUUUUGUGGUGUUGCCUCCACCAGCCGCUUCAGUGUAUCAGUAUGCGAGUGCAUCUGAUGGAACUGGAACCAAUCUGCCAUCACAAGAAGAUGGACCUACCAGUACCCCUACUCAACCAAAUAAUUCAGGCUUUAAUUCCACUAUCACCAUCCUAAAACGUGCCUUUGACAUUGCCACAACACAAACCCAGAUUGAGCAGCCUUUAUGUCUUGAAUGCAUGAGAGUGUUAUCUGAUAAACUUGAUAAGGAGGUUGAAGAUGUUAACAGGGAUAUAAAAGCAUACGAAGCUUGUCUUCAGAGAUUGGAGGGUGAGGCAAGAAAUGUUCUUACUGAGGCUGAUUUUUUGAAGGAGAAACUAAAGAUAGAAGAAGAAGAACGGCAACUUGAAGCAGCAAUAGAAGAAACAGAGAAGCAAUGUGCAGAAGUAACUGCUGAGCUAAAGGAACUUGAACUAAAAUCUUCCCGCUUUAAGGAAUUGGAGGAAAAGUAUUGGCUAGAAUUCAACAACUUUCAGUUUCAGUUGAUCUCUCAUCAGGAGGAGAGAGAUGCAAUUUUGGCUAAGACUGAAGUCUCGCAAGCUCAUUUAGAGUUGUUGAAGAGGACAAAUGUACUUAAUGAUGCCUUCCCAAUUGGACACGAUGGUGAAUUUGGAACAAUUAAUAACUUUCGCUUGGGAAGACUUCCUAAAAUUCCAGUUGAAUGGGAUGAGAUAAAUGCUGCAUGGGGCCAAGCUUGCUUACUUCUCCAUACGAUGGCUCAAUAUUUUCGACCAAAGUUUCCAUACCAGAUAAAGAUUCUUCCCAUGGGAAGUUACCCUCGAAUCAUGGACACCAACAACCAUACUUAUGAGCUCUUUGGUCCAGUAAACCUUUUCUGGAGCACACGCUAUGACAAAGCAAUGACCUUGUUUUUGAAUUGCCUCAAGGAGUUUGCUGAGUUUGCCAAUGCUAAAGAUAGAGAGAAUAAUAUUCCUCCUGAGAAACGUUUUAGGCUUCCCUACAAGAUCGAAAACGACAAAGUAGAAAAUUGCUCCAUCACUCAAAGCUUUAACAAACAGGAGAAUUGGACCAAAGCUCUCAAGUACACCCUCUGUAACUUGAAAUGGGUGCUAUACUGGUUUGUAGGGAACACAAAUUUCCAACCUCUUUCAGCCCCCGUCUCAUCUCAAUCGGAAGUUCCAGCUGCUGCAACUUCGAUGUACAACAAAAAACCCACUGAUGCCAAAUAAUACGAUUCUAUCUAUAACUAACCAUAUUGUAUUUAGAUAAAUACAGCAACAGGAAGGCCAUCCUGUCCAGUUCAAAAUUUGUAAUUAUAUACUUCACAAUCUACCCAUCAUGGGCUUCUUUAACUAGGGGACUUGAAAAUAGUUCAUUCUUAUUGCAUGUUAACAG